AUGACGAGGUUAGGAUUGGGAGAGAUCCGGUGUCGGAAAGAAGAUUUGGCGGUAAAGAAAGGCUGGCUGGAAACUCCAUCAAAAGCAUAUCGCAUUCAAUUCUAUUCAACCGGGGAAGAUGUGGGGAGAGGUUUGCAUCUAUUUUGUCACUCUUUACUUUCACUCUUUUUAAUUCUUUCAUACAUUUUUGCCUUAUCUUUCUUCCUUUUCUUUCUCUUCGCCAAGAUUUCUCCUUCCUUUAACAAAUUCUCUGCUUUUCUUUUUCUUUCUUCCUUCCUUUUUUCUUUCUUUCUUUCUUUCUUUCUUUCUUCAUUUCUCUAUUUAUUUAUUCAUUUAUUUAUUUGUCUUUGUAGAAAUAUUCUUUUGAAUUCUUGUUUAAUCGUUCGUUUCUUUCUUUCUUUCAAAAAUUAUGUUUCUUUUUAUCGUUCGCCUUUGUGGCAAUUUUCUUUUCGUUUCUAUGUUCCCUUUUUCAUUGCGUUCUUUCAUUUUUUUUUUAUUUUUCAUUAUUCCAUAUUCCUUCGUUUUUUUCCUUUCUUUUCUAUUUCUUUCACAUUUAUUUUCUUAUUUUUUUCUUUCAUUCUCUCCUUCCUUCAUAAUUUCUCUUCUUUGUCUUUAACGACUUUUUUCAUUCUUUUCCUUGUUCCUUCUUUAUUUCUUUUAUUAUUGUUCACUCUUUGUAAUUUCGUUCUUUCUUUCCUUUAUCUUUCUUUUCCGUUUUUUUGCGUUCGUUCUUUCUUUCUUUCUUUCUUUCUUUCUUUUCUUCUUUCUUUUCUUUUCUUCUUUCUUUUCUUUUCUUUCUUUCAAUCAGAAACAAACAAAAAGUGUGAGAGAAAGUGCUACGAUGCCCUCGACAGAAUUCCUCGUCUUUUUUACUCCGCGCUUCAUUCUACUGCCCUCUGUCCGUCACAAUUAAUGGUUUACUCUUCUUCAUUACGAUCGAAAUACAAACUGUCUUGA